AUGAAUAAUCCAACUAAAUUUCCAUUAAUUUUAUAUAAAAGAAUAUUAAGGUUACAUUAUGGUCUUCCAAGUGAAUUAAAAAUUUUGGGUGAUGGUUAUGUAAAAGAAGAAUUUAGGAGACAUAAAGAUGCUACCCCUGAACAUUCAUUAUUAUUUCUUAAGGAAUGGACAGAAUAUUGUACAUCUCUUUCUAAACAAUUAUCGGGUAAAGGAUUAGUUGAAGGAAAUUUAGGACAAAAUUUAAAUCCAGAAAUAAUUGAUAAAAUGGAUGAAGAUAAGUUAUACCAACUUUAUGAGUUAAAAAUAGAAACAGAAAAAGUUAAAAAUGCUUAA